UGAUUUAUGUGACAAAGUUUGCCAAAGAAAAGGGUUUGACAUUUGUUAAAUUUUUUUGGAUUUGUUUUGUUUCCUGUUGUUUAAUUCUUGAGUUUUAUAUCUAUCUAAUGUUUUCUAGGCUGUGUUUGUAGUCAAGACAAGAAAAGUCUUUGUACAUAGAUGUUCAUUGUUAAUUUUUAACCCAAAAUAUUUUAAGGAUAAAAAACGAAGAAUUUAAGGCCCAAAAGGUUAUUAAUUAGGAAAAGCAAGAACAUUUUUUAAUGAAAGUUCUAUAAUGAGUUACAUUCUAGAAUGACGAAAACAUGACAGUUCGGUUAUAAACCCUGAAUUGAAAAAUUGCCAACCUUGUGUUUUGUACAACAUUGUGAUACUGUAGCAUGUAGAUAUGUACAUAAGUUACCAAUUACAUAAUUGUGGUCGAAUUCUUGUACACUAUUUCAGAGUGGAGAAUGUUUUGUAUUCGGAGUAAACUGCCUCGUCUGGCGACCAAUAUAUAUUUACACUUCAGAUUAUAUUCAGACUCGGUCAAGUGGAAAUCAGUUCAUCUCACAAAUAGAUCUUUAAUUAGAAUUGAGGGAGCUGAGUCUGCAGGCCUACUUCAAGGCCUAGUAACUAAUGAUAUUAAUGGUCUAGUAGACAAGGAGUAUCCGAGUAUGUACUGCAUGUUCCUCAAUUCUGCAGGACGGGUUCUAUUUGAUUCAAUCAUUUCUCCGGGUUUCGAACCCAACCAGUUCUUCCUAGAAGUUGACCAGGCAAUGAGUAAGAACGUGAUCAAACAUCUCUCCAUGUACCGCGUCCGGAGAAAGAUUGCGAUUGAACCGGUCUCGGAACUCAAGGUUUACUCAGUGUUUCAUGAGGACCUGAAAGUUCGAACGGAAUCUAAUCUUCAAACCCGGAGUUCUCAUCUUGGUUCAACAUUUUGUGACGGAGGUGUACGAAACUCAGUGUUACCUCCUGUAUCCAACCCUACAUCAAUCUGCUUUCCUGACCCACGGGUUGACCUGCUUGGAUAUAGAUACAUAGGACCGGACCACCCGGAGUCAAACCUUAACUUCAGCCUGGAGCAGGGAACUGUCUUAGAUUAUAAUAUACAGAGAUGCGUAGUGGGAGUUACUGAGGGUUCAGGAGAUAUUCCUCCGACCAAAGCAUUACCUUUAGAAUAUAACCUUGAUUAUCUCCACGGGGUUAAUUUUCACAAAGGAUGCUAUAUUGGACAGGAGUUAACCGCUAGAACCCAUCAUACAGGAAUAAUUCGUAAACGAAUCCUUCCGAUAAAAUUUGGAACUGAGGACCACAACAUAGAACUAGACUCAACCAUUGUCAACGAAUCUGGGAAAAAUGUUGGAAAAAUUCGCAAAACUGAGGGAAAGCACGGCUUAGCUAUGGUUAGGUUGGCCGAAGCUUUUUCAUCCGCCUCGUUGAAGUGCGGGGAAGUUUCCGUUUCCGUCUGGAAACCGGUUUGGUGGCCGCAGGAGAAGGAUGAAAAGAAGGGAUCAAAUUAAUCAGAUAUAUAUUUUCAGA